ACCUCAAUCUAACCGUUGGGGUUUCCCGGCUUCCUCCCCUUCCCCCCAAAUCCUCGCCGCCGCACCACCUCGGAGAAAGAGAAGCCCCGGCCGCCGCCGCCGCCGAAAGAAGCCAUGGCCGCCACCCAGCCCAUCGCCAGCGCGGAGACCUCCCCGGCAGCACAGGCGAAGCGCCGCGGCCGGCCCCCCAAGGCCCCGCUGGCGGCCGAGGUCGAGGCGCCGAGGACCCCGUCGCCCGUGUCCCCGCUGACGGCCGCGGCGGAAGGCUACGAGAGGGAGCGGGAGGCGAGGAUCAAGGAGAACAUGGAGCGGAUGCAGAAGCUCGGCCUCGUCGACCUCGCCACCCGCUUCAACCAGUCCGCCACCCCCGCCGGCACCGGCACCGGUCGCGGCCGCUGGCGACGGAGGCCGGAGACGCCGGGCUCCCCCGACGCCGCCGCUCCCAGGAUCAGGACCGCCUCCCCGAUGCCGGCGCGCCGGUCCCUCAGGUUGAAGAGCGUGGAGCCAGUUAGAUAUGUUGAAAUUUGUGAAAAGAAGGAGAAGGGUCUUGAUGGUGGAAGGCCUUUCUCUAUUGAGGAAGGGUGCAAGGAAGAAGUCUACACUGAAGAGCAUGAGAAGCUUUUAGGUACAUGUGGCACACCCUGGACUCUCUUUGUGGACGGUUGUGGCAAGGACGGUAAGCGCAUCUAUGAUCAAGUGAGGGGCCAAACCUGUCAUCAGUGCCGCCAGAAAACUCUGGGUCAUCAUACAAGAUGCUGUAAUUGCCAGAUUGUCCAAGGGCAGUUCUGUGGAGAUUGUUUGUACAUGAGGUAUGGUGAGAAUGUGCUGGAAGCUAAGAGCAAUCCUAAUUGGACAUGUCCAGUUUGCCGUGGCAUUUGCAAUUGCAGCAUCUGCAGAACUAAGAGAGGAUGGUUCCCUACUGGCAAUGCGUACCGGAAGGUUGUCAGGCUUGGGUACAAAUCCGUGGCACACUAUCUCAUUGCAACAAAUAAGGCAGGAGCAAACUCAGGAGAUUCAAGCUCAGCUGACUCCUCAAACGAGCUGCCAUCUGCCGAUGAGGUCUCUGAGCACGCACCAGUUGCCAAGCAGGAUGCUGAUCUGAGCAGCAACGCUAUGAAUGAUGCUGGUGAAGUUGAGCAGAAGGAAGGAAACAUGAAGAAGAAGGCAGCUGUCAAGGAUGAAGCCAAGGCCCAGAGGAAGAAGAUCACUGCUGAUCUGAGCAGCAACGCGGUGAAUGAUGCUGGUGAAGUUGAGCAGAAGGAAGGAAACAUGAAGAAGAAGAAGGCAGCAGCUGUCAAGGAUGAAGCCAAGGCCCCAAGGAAGAAGAUCACUGCUGAUGUGGUCUGCAAGGAUGAUGGCAGGAGCGAGUCCGGGGUGACAUUUGAUUCUCUGGAAUGUCACCAGGAUGUCGGCUGCGUCACUCCAUCCAAGCCGGAGCCGAAGAAGAAGAGGAAGUGGGUCGAAGCAAGAAGCCCCGACUGCGUCGCGAGCAGGCUGCGCUCCCGGUCUGCUCCCAAGUCAUGAGCACUUGAUCUUAUGAGGGUCGACGACUCCUUUUGCGUGGGCGAUUAUCUGUCACUGGCAUGAUUCUGGUUUGUGGUGUGUUUUGGUUCGUUAGUCGUCGUCGUUUAGUUGCUGUAGGUAAUUGCGGGAAGCAAUGAUGGACGUGGCUGGUGUGGUGUGUGGACUUGCUGUGUAUGACCCCUCCAUUUUGUUGUGACCUUGACGCUCUGGUUUAUCGUGUUGGCCUAUCAACCUAGUGUUUCUGUUCA